UCUCCAGUUUCUCGGGUCUUAUCAGUAACUUCACAAAUGCCUACUCUAUCAAUUAAUAGUCACGAUAGCACUGACUCUGUAAAUCUAGAGCAGACGCAAAGUGAUACACCCGAGAAAAUUAUUUCUCCAGAACAGAUAGAGAACACAUCUGAUAACGCGUCUAAUUCUGAUAUAUAUCAACCCAUAAUCAUAGAGACUAAAUCGUUGGAAAAUAAAGAAGUCGAUGAAUUCCUGGAUUCGAAAGAUAAGGAAGGGGUUAGUAAUAUGAUAAGAGAAAGAAACAAGGAAAAAAAGUUUCGGGACUUAUCUCCAGUAGAAUCAGAAAAAAUCGUGAAUAAAAUUCACGAUCAAAAUCUUAACGAAUCCUCUAAACCAUCUAUUAAUUCUGAUUCUACAGAUUCAUUUGAAUAUAAUGAUGAUCUUUCUCAACUUGACAAAAACCAGAUUGUAGAACAAGAUUUAAAACAAGAACUAUCUGCCUCUCCAACUUCCAGAAAAAAUAUAACUAGUAAUCGGGACCUGCUGGAUGGUGAAAAUCAACAUAAUCAAGUUACGGCACAAAGCAUAGUUUGUAUAUUUCGAAAAGCAAUUCAAUCUGGUCGGGAAGAAAUCUUGCAUUGGUGUCGCUAUAUAGAAAGGUAUGAUAAAAGGGUUAAUGAGAUUAUUUCCGAUGGUAAAGUUAAGAUUAAAACAGCAAAGAGUUUGGUAUAUAAAGAAGUUAAACAGCUACUUCCUGACACUACGGAUGCGAAUCUGCGACAGAAAACUCUUAGAGCUAGAAAAAUCUAUAAUCUUUUUAAUGCCAUAGGAAUAGAAAAAAUCGAGCAAGUUACGUAUAGCGCAAAUGCUAUUUCAAACCUUACUAACACUCAAAUUCAGAAUAUUAUAAAUCAUGUACUAUCAGCGGAGCUGGCACAGCCAAAAACCGUGAAUAAAAUUCAUGAUCGGAAUAAUUCCAAAGUAAGUGAAUCAAUCACAACCCCUAUCCCACCAUCUUCAUCAUCUCAUAGCUCUUUACCGGAGACCGAGGUAAAUACACAAGCCAAGUCUGAUAAGGUACUAACCCCUGAAUAUCUGAAUUGGUAUUCCAAAUUAACUGAUUUGCCAACCACUAUAUCUGAUAAACUUCGUUCCAAGUUUUAUAAAAUAUAUAAGAAAAAAACUGGGCUUGAUCCCUGGAUAAUGUCUGAAACUCCUGAACUCCCACAAAUCGAAAAGACUAAUAAUUACCUUUCACAGGAUUGUGUUAUCAAAAUUUCCAAGUUUCCGGAAGAGAAAGGUAUAAUCCAUGAAACAGUACAUAAACGUUUUCCUUUCUUAUCAUAUACUAAUUCAAACACAUGGUAUCGAGAUGUUUUUAAAUAUACCGAUUCAGAAGCUAAAUGUCCAAUAUGCAAAGAUAGCUUACAGGAAAUUCAAGUAAGUAUACCAAACAAAACCCACCUUUAUCAGUUAGAAGCUAGCUUACGUCAAUAUGCCAUUGAACAUGGAAUGGAUCCCAAGAAAUUUUCGGUCAUUACAGAGGCUGAGAAAAAAAGGUGGGCCAUGGGGUGUUUUCCUGCUGACUUGAAAAGAGAUAUACGUCUUUAUCGCAGAGGAAUAAAAAGAAAUGAAGAUACCAGAAAAUAUUACAAAUUUUUAACAGAUCGGGAAAGGCUAGUCAGUGAAGAAUUAUUACGUCGCGGUAUACUAAAAAACGGUUUAAGUACAGCAUGGCUCGAUAAUCUUAUGGAAGAAUGA